AUGUAUUUGUCCAAAUCCUUUCUCCUUGGUCUGGUACCAUCUGCGCUGGCAAAAGUCCAAUACCUGGGCGUCGCAAUUGCUGGAGGAGAUUUCGGGUGUCAGAUCGAUGGGACUUGCCCAACGUCAUCGGUACAGUUUGCCAACGAUGCUUCCGAUCAGAUGAAACACUUUGUUAGUGACGGUCUGAAUCUAAUGAGGAUUCCUACAUCGUGGCAAUUUUUGGUCAACAAUCAGUUAGACGGAAGCUUGAACGACGACAACAUAGCCAAGUAUGAUCAGCUUAUCCAGACAUGCUUGGACACUGGUGCAUACUGCAUGAUCGAUAUACACAACUUCGCACGCUGGAAUGGCGGUAUUAUUGGCCAAGGCGGGCCAUCGGACGACCAGUUUGUCAAGCUUUGGACUCAACUCGCGACAAAAUAUGUCUCGAGCGAAAAGGUUGUCUUCGAACUCAUGAACGAGCCACAUGAUCUUGACAUCAACAUAUGGACACAGACCUGUCAAAAAGUUGUGACCGCCAUCAGAAACGCUGGGGCAACAACGCAGAUGAUCCUUCUCCCAGGCACCAAUUUCGACAGUGCAGCUACUCUCAUUUCCAGCGGCUCGGCCGAUUCUCUGCUGGCAAUUACAAACCCAGACGGAAGCACAGAUGGGUUGAUACUCGACAUUCACAAAUACUUGGAUGAGGAUAAUUCAGGAACGCACGAGGAAUGUGUGACGGAUAAUGUAGGCGCCUUCGCCGAACUUGCACAGUUCUUGAGGCAGAAUGGGAGGCAAGGCCUCAUAAGCGAAAGUGGUGCCUCAAGUGACGCCUCCUGUUUCACGAACUUUUGCUCCCAGAACACAUUCAUCAACCAGAACUCAGACGUAUUUGUCGGGUUUGUGGCUUGGGCUGCAGGCAGUUUUUCUACCUCUUAUGUUCUCAGUCUUACUCCUUCGAAGCAGAAUGGCCAGUACAUCGACAAUAAUCUGAUGACCCAGUGUGUUUUGGCACCUUGGCUCAACUCAAAUAGCACAAGCCGGACGCCAACAAUAAGCAGCCAGACCUCCAUUAUUCCAACCACAUCCGCCAAGCAAGCAUCUUUGGUGGUCUCAGGGACAAGUGUACCGACGUUGCCUGUCACGGGAACAUCGGACGAAAUCAUCUCUCUGGCUACCGCCACGGCAACAGCAAACGCUUCCCUAUCUCUGAAUGCAAGCACGUCGCACAUUUGCAGCCCACGUCGAAGCUUGCCCUCAGUAGAUUAG